AUUACACCUUUAGUGACAAAAGUUGCAAAAUCCAACAUGAAUUUAAAUUAAAUUAGUAAUAAAUAUAUAAGCAUGCCCGGUCGCAGUAAAAACAGCAGUCGCUCUAGGUACUCUAGAGCAGAACAACAUGCGCCAGCGCAUCCUCCUAGAGUAUUUGUAACGCCAACGCCACGUCGGUCGGUCUUUAGAGAUGCAGCAGCCGUGGCAGGUGGCGUCACUGUCGGCACCACCAUGGGACACUUAGCAGGAGAAGCUAUUUCGAGCUUAUUUACCGGUCGUCGACGAGAAGAGGUCGAACGUUCCUUACCAAGUAAUUACCAACUGGGUACAGAGCCUAGCGGACCAUGUGCAUAUGAAAUAGCCCAAUUCUUGCAGUGUGCUUCAAGCCGUGACAAUUUACAAGAGUGCGAAGCUUUUAAUGAGGCUCUCAGAGAAUGCAAACGCAGAAAUCGUUUACCUUGAGGCAUCCGUAAUAUAAAUCCACCCAAUUAAGUUUAUCUGACAAUAAACAAAGUGACAUAAAA